AUGGCGGUCCAUCUCUAUGAAAAGAGCCCAGAUUCCGACUCGAUCAAUAAGUUGACCAAAAGCUACUUUUCUGAACUCCUUGUUUAUAAUGUAGGGCUUCCAGAUCCUGUGGGGCGCUAUCCUUUGAACUCGUCCACUGGAGCAGAGGAUACCAGUGGGUUCAAUAAUCCUGGAAGAGGAGUCAUUUCCAACGCAAACCCCGCGCCAGGAGUGUAUGGCGAAAGAAACGGCGCUUAUGCCUUCACUGGAGCACGUUCCCCGCCAAGCUACUUAUACCUCAAUGCAUCAGGUGCCCUAGAUACAAGGGGCUAUGUUCUUGUUAGGUCAAAAAUAAUUCGUUGUCAUCAAACUUCUCCUUCGUCUAGAUAUUCCAUUACUUUGCUCGUCUGGGUAUAUCCUGAAAGAACUCGUGGAGAACUUAUUUCCUAUUGGAAAGACUCUCACUAUGGCGUCGGCAUUUCUCUUGAGAACUCUCGUCCAGUGUUUGACAUAUAUUUACGUGAUCAAAGCACCAAGUAUUCCUUACAGAGUAAAAAUAAGCUGCCGUUAAAUCAGUGGUACCAUAUUGCUGGAGCUUAUGACAACUAUACUGGAGAUGCAAGACUUUUCGUUGGUGGAGUCCAAGUGGAGAACAUAACGAUCACUGGCAGUUUAGAGUUGGAGACGGAGUCUGGUUUAUGGCUUGGGUACCUGUUUAAAGGAAAGCUUGCUCAGGUUUGGAUCUUCAACGUAUCGCUCUCUGUAGAUGAGGUAAAUGACGUUAAGGACACCAACAAACCACCGACACCAAGCUUGUCAACAACACCUGCAACAUUCACGGCUUCUGCGAGUCCAUUAUCACAGGUUCCUUCUAAUGUUGUCGAAUUCAGUGAAAGAAGUAUACUUCCGAUUGCCACUGGUACAUUAUCCAACCAGUCUGCUACAAGAUUGUCAGUUUAUCCAUCUAUUUAUAACAUUCCAACUGUCAAUCAAACGUUGGUGCACCCUACUUUCACUGUCAAUCAAACACAUUUCCUUUCAAACUCUCCAACUACACCUCUGAAUGCGUCAGUAGCAGCGCCGCAGAACAUCUCAACGACAGGUCUGGUGCGUACACCGAGCAUAAAUCCAUCAAGUGCUACAGACUCACGAUCGUUUCUUGAAAGCAGUGUGAGUCAAGGUAAGAAUUGACCCUUUGGGAAAAAAAUUCCACGAUGACAAUUCAUAACAGGUAGACAGAUGAUGCGAAUUAACUGAGAGAAUCAUCAUCUACAGUUUUUUGUCUUCAUUCAUUUACCAUCAAGA